AUGGCGAAAGAACACGCCACCGAAUUUGAAAAGAUCAUUAAUGCUGGCCGAGAGCGCAAGAAGAAUGAAGCUCUUGCUGCACGUAUCUUCAAGAAGAAAGAUGGCCAAAGACGGGCGAGCGCACCUACUGCUGGUUCCCUUGCAAGUAGAGUCGGUGUGAAGAAGCGAGUAUCAUCGGUUGCGCGUCUCUCAAGUGGUGAUAUCAAUGGUGAAUGGACCCACGACCUUCACCAUGUGCCCAAGAACCCUAGAGGGCAACAAGACCCGAACUCGCUAGCAUCCCGAAUUCAUGCACCAGGUACUUCGGCGCCUCGACCGAGAAAUGCCCCGCGAAAUGCCCGGCCAAACCGCCCAUCUCGGCUUGCAAAUGCUUACGAGCGUACAACCUCCUCGCCUGCAACGGCGCAGCAGCAACUGAACGUGCGUUCAGCACCUACACAGCCCCCGGGACAAGGCAUAACGAUUCGAGGCCUCGCAGGACCAUUUGCUGUCAUGGCGCAAAACUUUGCGCCGGGGACCACAGCCGCGGAUAUAGAGAGCGCUAUGACUCCAGUCGGGGGCCUUGUAAGCAGCUGUCGACUAAUCAAGACACAUCCUAUUGUGAUAGCCGAGAUAGUCUUCGAGAGCAAGGAGGGCGCGGACCGAGUAAUCCAGACCUUUAACAAUCAGACGGCCGACGGCAGAACGCUUCACGUAUAUCUAAAGCCCGGUGGCACUUAUCGCUCCACACCGCCUACCGGGCCACGCGCUCAGCGUGACCACGAGACUAGAUCAGCCGGCAAUAACGUUAUAGUUGAUGGAUCGAUGGGGUUUGAUGACCGGAUGGAGACGGACUCGCUUGGUAGUGGUUACUCCAACGGCGGCGGCAACGGCAACGGCGGUGGCCUAUACAGCGAUACCAUGGUCCCCAAAAGCCAAACUAACGGUGCUAGUGGCAACAAUAGUCGAAGGGGCAGAAACUUCCGGACCGGAAGGUAG